GCAGCAGUACCCUGAUCUACCACCCUGAAAAUCACGGGGGUAGUCCCGGCUUGCCGGCCGUGAUGGUUGAGGAUAUGAGCGAGAUGGGGUUGUUAGUGGAUGAUGUUGAUGAAGAUGAGGACGAGGAUGUUGAGAUGAGCUAUAGUCCUGUCGAGGAGGAGGGCAUGUCCGUCAAGCGAAUGCCGCCGAAGACGGCGCGGCCGCCGGUCGAGUUGAUGUGAUUUCUUUAAUGGACGUUUUGGGAUUCAUUCUGGUUGUGAAGAGAGAGAGGUGCUUGGAUAUAUUGCUUGCUUGUCAUGAAUGGUGUUCGGGAUGGUUUUGGCGUUGAACAAAGUUGGUAUUGUUUGCUACGGGAUUGGGCAUGAUGGCGUAUAGUACGCAUUGUACAUACUAUUUGCAUUGGGUUGCGACACUUUUUGGUACUUCCAUCUCUUGUCUAUUCUUAUUCAUCGUUCAAUUAAUCCCCACAGAAUGGUGGUAUAUCAUCUCAUCCAUCUGCAGUAUUUGCUUUCCGUCUAUAGUCAUCUACUAUGCUCUUACAGAUCCUUACAAUAACCUGAGCCGCACAAGGCAGAUACAAAAGCUACGCCUCAAUAGCGAACCCAGUAAUUGGUUGGAUAUCUGUUCAUUUGGAUUUGUAUGUGAUGUGGUGUGGUGUUCUUAUGUAAAUAUGUGUUUAAUAGAGUCAGAGACAAGACAUGAGAAGAAAGCAAAGCAACAAAACACCCCCGUUGCACGCCUUGACCAUGGAAGAACUUCUUUUGUUAGCAUGGAAUAUGAAAGAGAUAAUAAGAAAAAGCAGAACAAAUUUCAAUUCCCCGAGGUGAGCAGAAAUACCCGUGAUAAACUCCGUCCGCAUGCUGGAAAUAGUAUCAGAAAAGGUUGGCGAGAAUAUGAUGUUGGUGGUUGGUGUUCUUUGAGCUGGGUUGGGACCAGAUGUGACCCGGGUUGGUUUAAUUCGCCUUAGGAGAGGAGGUAGGGAUGACGAUUAAUUGGUUGGGGUAAUAGGCUGUCGAAGUCUCGGUGACCAAAGACAACCCUGCCGGGCA